AUGGAGAAAGACCAGACGAGUGGCGACGCGGGAACUACUGGUGCCCUGCAUCUCAACGAUACCAAUAGCAGUAGCGAGCUGCACUCAUUCAGUUUAUCAGCCACAUCCUCUUACACUGCGGGAGAGCUGUUGCCGGAGAUCCAAACAACGACUUCUCCCACAACGGAGGAACAACAACAAUAUCAACAUCCAAUGAACGUCAGUGGUGCCCUCUCCAUUCUGCGCGACGUCGUGCAACAGGUGUGGAAAGUUAUCAAGGAACUCCAUAAGGAGGAACUUCCGUGGCUAAAAGAUUUUUUUGACCGCGAGCAAUUUAUUCCUCCAAAUGAUUUUGGGGAUGUGGUUUCCCGCCUAAACCUAAACCUUCCAUUUUAUGCCGCAAAUUAUGUUGUGAUUUGCUACACCGUCGUGCUACCUUUUCUCCUUUUGUACGAUCCGCUGUUCUUUGCAAUCCUUUGCGUGUUCACGGUUACGGUGCACAGCAUCUACCUAGUUGAGAGGAAGCGACCCAAGUGCGGGUCAAAGAUGUAUAUUGGGGGAUUUUCGGUCUUGUAUCGGCGGCUCGCAGAUAUAUUUCUUGUUGUUUUGCUGCUUCUCUUUCUAUUUUGGGAUGGUCUUCGCACGCUGGGGCUUGUGCUGCUUAUUAACAGCGUCCUCGUUCUUCCGCAUGCGGUGUUGCGUCGGCCGACCUACUUUGACGACGAAGAGUUGGAGAAGCUGCGCCCCAAGAUGGUGCAGUACAUCAUUAUAUUAGUCUUGCUUCUGCUGGCGUACCUGGAGGGAAAAGAGUCAGACGGGGGGCGCGGCGACCGUUGCCACGAAUACAACUACCACCACAGCCACAAAAAUGAGAAAGAGGUUGAGGGGAGGGAGGCGAAGGAGAAACAGGAGUGA